UUGGCGAACGGAAACAAAUCAAAAAGCGAAUCGUGACCCGUCUCCCUCAUUCUCACCUCAAAAAUCGAACAUCUUAUGGAAAACCGGUCUGAAAUGGUUAACCGGAGUCAGCAGAGCCUCUUCCUCGUCGGAUCUCCGGACGAGACCAAUAAGAUCAAGCGAGCCGAAACCUCCCAGCAAGCCGGAGCUAUUGCCGGAGCUAAGGCAGCCGCCGUUGCCGCCGUGGCUAGUGCGAUUCCCACGUUGGGCGCGGUUCGUGUGUUCCCAUGGGCUAAGGCUAACCUCAACUACACUGCUCAGGCUCUCAUUAUAUCUUCAGCAUCCAUCGCGGCGUUCUUCAUAACUGCGGAUAAAACUAUUCUACAAGGUGCAAGGAGGAACAAUGAGGCUCAAAUGAAGAAAGUUCAGCAAGAGUCUAAGUAAACUUCUUUAUAAUCAUCAUGUAACUCAAUCAGUGACACAUCUUUUCUGCUUCUCUGUAUGCGUUUUGCUUUGGUUCUAAAUAAGAGAUAUAACGAGUUUAUAAAAGGAGAAGUUUACAUUACUGGGUAGUUUCUCAUGGGUGUUUAUCAUGUUGACAUACUUUCUCUA